GCGUCGGGCUGCCCGCCGGCGUGCGAGUGCAAGUGGCGCUCGGGCAAGGAGGCGGCGUGGUGCCGCAACGUGACGGCCGUGCCCGCCGGCCUGGACGCGGGCACGCAGCUGCUCGACCUGUCGGGCAACGCGCUGGCGCCGCUGGCGGCGCGCGCCUUCGUGUCGCGCGGGCUGGCCCACCUGCAGCGCCUGCACCUGGCGCGCUGCGGGCUGCGCGCGCUCGCCGCCGCCGCGCUCGCCGGGCUCGCCAAUCUGGUGGAGCUGGACGUGAGCGGCAACCUGCUGCUGGCCGUGCCCUCGGCCGCCUUCCAGCCAGUGCCCGAGCUGCGCGAACUGCGCCUGUCCGCCAACCCGCUCGACCGCCUGCCCGCGCGCGCCUUCCACCUGCUGCCCCGGCUCGUGCGGCUCGAGCUCUCCAACUGCCGCAUCAGCCGCAUGGACCCGCGAGCCUUCGAAGGUGUCGAGUCCUCUCUCGAGUGGCUGCGACUGGACGGCAACGAGCUGACCGGCACGGAGUCCGGGGUGUCGGCGCUGACGACGCUGCGCGCGCUGCACGGCCUGGCGCUGGCCGGCAACCCCUGGAACUGCAGCUGCGCGCUGCGGCCGCUGCGCCGCUGGCUCACCGAGCAGCGCGUGCCCCUGGGCGACGAGCCGCCCGCGUGCCGCGAGCCGGCGAGGCUGCGCGGCCGCGCCUGGGACCGCCUGUCCGCCGAGGACUUCGCCUGCCGGCCGCGGCCCGCGCCGCCGCCCCUCGUCAGCGCGCAGGAGGGCGGCGCCGCCCAGCUGCGCUGCCCCGUCAGCGCGGACCCGCCGCCCACCGUCAAGUGGCUGUGGCGCGGCCGGCCGCUCGUCAACAGGUCGUCGCCGGGCCGGUACGUGGUGAACGCGUCCGGGGGCGCGCUGACCGUGCUGCGGCUGGAGGCGUCGGACGCGGGCUCGUACCAGUGCGUGGGCGAGAACCGCGCGGGCCGCGCGCUGGGCGCCGUGACGCUGGAGGUGCGCCGGCGCGCCGCGGCGCCGCCC